UUUUUAGAAGACUUUUUUCAGCUUUCAUUCUUUCAAUGGAUUCUUUACUCGAGGUACAACGUACUUGUCACGAAGAAAGGGAAAGAUGUGUUGAUUUAAUGGUUAGAGAAUAUUUGGUUGAAAAGAAAACGCAACGAGAAAAGAUCAAUUCUGACCAACGUGUUAAAGGUUUAAUUGAUAGAUGUAGAAAUGCUACAGAUAAAUUAAUUAAAAUAUAUAAUGAUGAAUCUGGUGAACGUGCUAAAGAAAUUCAAGCUAUUGGAGGACCAAAUGAAUUUGCUGAAUUUUAUUCUCGUCUAAAAUCACUCAAAGACAUUCACCGAAAAAAUCCGAACGAGACAGCUCGUCCUUUAACGAUAGAAUUCCAAGAGAUGGCUAAUUUUGUACAAGAUCCAGAUAAAAUUGAGAGGGAAAUGGUUCGCUUUACGGACGAGGAAGGCUACGGGAAAUUUUUGGAUAUGCACACUCUUUAUGAGCAAUAUGUUAAUUUGAAAGGAGUUAAGCGUAUUGAUUAUAUUACUUUCAUCUCUACAUUUAAUCAAUUACAUGAAAUUUCGAAAGAUAAAACUAAAAAGACUGGAGCUUAUAAAAAUUAUGUUUCUUCUCUCGAAGGAUAUUUGACAGACUUUUUGCGACGUGCAAAACCUUUAAUUGAUAUUGAAGCGGAACUUUAUAAUGCCGACAAUGGUAAAGUGCCUGGUUGGUCGACAGAGAAAAGCACUGGAAGUUUAUUGGCUAAACAACCAAUGGCUUCGGCAGAUCUUGAUUUAGCCAAAUAUGAGACGGUAGAUGAGCUUAUGGAACUUGGGAGUGAUCGUUUGAAAUCGGCGCUUCUUGAGAGGAAUUUGAAAUGUGGAGGGUCAUUAAAGGAACGUGCCCAACGUUUACUUGACUUCAAAAAUGCUGAUCAAAAUGGUUCUGCUGCAACAAAUGGUGCAUUUAAAGCAAUCAAAAAUGGUGUAGACAAAGAAGAGAAAAGAAAAUAUGAACUUGCUAAACACGAAGUUCAUGUUCUCAAAUUAACAGAAUUAGUAAGACCUGAAAUAUCAGCAACUUUGGAAAAUAUUGAAAGAAAACAGGCUAGGGGUGUUGGGGAGGAGGAAGAAGAGGACGACGUUGAAGAAUUUUAUGAAGUUGAAGAAGAAGAGACUGAUGUUCCUUAUAACCCAAAAAAUCUUCCUUUGGAUUGGGAUGGAAAGCCAAUCCCCUAUUGGCUUUAUAAACUUCAUGGCUUGAAUAUUGGAUAUAGCUGUGAAAUUUGUGGAAAUCAAGUUUAUAAAGGACCUAAAGCUUUUCAACGCCAUUUUACGGAAUGGCGUCAUUCUCAUGGUAUGCGUUGCUUAGGAAUUCCAAAUACUGCACACUUUACAAAUAUUACAAAAAUUAAUGAUGCUAUAGAGCUUUGGAAGAAGAUAUGCGAGGAUCGAAGUCGAAAUAAAUGGAAUCCGGACCUUGAUGAAGAAUUUGAAGAUUCACUUGGGAAUGUGGUUAAUCGAAGAAUGUUUGAGGAUCUCAAAAGACAGGGGUUACUUUAA